AUGAGCUUUGAACCUGCAAAAAAGAUACUUUCGAUUCAGUCCCAUGUUGUUCAUGGAUAUGUUGGUAACAAAGCUGCUACAUUUCCUCUUCAAUGCCAAGGAUGGGAUGUUGAUGUGCUGAAUACUGUUAAUUUUUCAAAUCAUACAGGUUAUGGAUCAGUUAGAGGUACAAAAGCGUCACCAGAAGACCUUAAAACAUUAUAUGAUGGACUUUCCUCAAUAAAGUGCGAGUAUAAUGCACUACUAACAGGGUACAUACCAGGUGCUGAAUCUCUAGAGGUGGUUGGUGAGAUAGGUCAUGACUUGAAAUCAAAAAAUCCAAAUGCAUUGUGGUUAUUAGACCCUGUAAUGGGUGAUGAAGGUCAACUAUAUGUCAGUGACACUGUUAUACCGGUUUAUCAAAAGCUUCUUUCGAGAGGUGGGAUUGAUGUGAUAACACCAAAUCAAUUUGAGGCUGAACUUCUUGUUGGUUUUAAAAUUGUAUCUACAGAAACUCUUAAAAGGGCUUUGUACGAUCUUCAUAAUAAAUUCAAAGUUAGCAAUGUUGUGAUAACAUCCAUGAAACUUGGAAAUGGCUCGAAAAUUCUGGCUGCUGCGUCUUCUAAAUAUCAAGAUUUGAUAACUAGCUCCAUUUUUGAAGUUCCGUUAAUUGAAUCUUACUUUACUGGGGUUGGUGAUUUAUUUUCUGCGCUGUUGAUUGAUCGUAUCUUCACGUAUACAAGAGAAACACGAGAUGCUCUAUAUUUGCAAGAUGCGGUUAGUGAAGUGCUAACAAUAAUGGCUAAAGUAUUGAGAAUUACCACUGAUGCUGCAGAAAAGGCACUUGGGCAGGCUCCAAAAUCUAGAAUGGGCGCAGCUUCAACAAUGAAAGAGAGUGAACUACGAUUGAUAGAAUGUCGUGGCAUUUAUGCUCAAACUGAAAAGAACUUCAAAGCAUCUGCAUUAUAA